GCCCAGUCUUGUCUAGAACGUGCCAGAGACCGGACCAUAGCAGCAGCAUCUUCCUCAGCUCAGUGCCCAGUGCCCCGCCCUUGGCCCGUCUGUGCCUCGUCUCCUCCUGCAUCCAGUUUUUCUUUCGUGAUAUCAAGGCGUGUUUCUUUUUAUCAGCAGAACCUUCGCAGCCCCCAGCAUGGUUCCGCCCGGCUGUUCCCUGGUGAUGGUGAUGGCAGCGGUCACCGGGAGCCUGGCUGUCACUCCUGCCGUGUCGGAGCUCAUCGAACUCACUUACACCUACAACGUGAACGCCCCGACCUCCCCCAAGCUCCGCCAGUUCAAGCAGGAGUUGGUGAUGAAAGGCCGGAACAAGCAAAGGCAAUGGGUCGAGCUAUACAACAUCUGCCUAUCUGAACACUCCGGAACUCACAUCGACGCCCCGAGGCAUUUCAACGAGACGGGAUGGACAGUGGAAGCCAUCCCCACCGAUAGACUGUGGAGGUUACCAGCCGUGGUGGUGGACGUGAGCAAAAUGAUCGGGAAGUCGCAGGAGAAGAACUACGAGGUGACGCCUAAGGACCUGACGGACUGGGAGGCAGAGCACGGCGUGAUCCCCGACGGCGCCCUCGUCUUCGUCCGCACGGGCUGGGGCAAGAUGGUCAACAACUACUGGAGCUACGCCGGCCUGGACGAGAACAAUAAACUCAACUUUCCGGGGCUGGGCAAGGAGGCGGCGGAGUGGCUGGUGCACCACGGCCAGAACAACAGCCAUUCCACGGGCAUCGUCGGCGUGGGCAUCGACACGUUAUCUCUCGACAAUGGGCACUCGGUGCGCAUGCCGGCACACAUUACGCUGUUCGCGGCUAACAUCUACGGCAUCGAGAACGUGGCUAACCUCGACAAGCUUCCGGCGGUCGGCUCGCACGUGACAGUGAUGCCCAUGAGGAUCGGCAAGGGCAGCGGUGCCCCGGCACGUAUCAUCGCGGAGAUUGGUGAAGGACCCAUGUCGCUGGCCCCUGCUCUGCGCCCUUUCCUGCCCGCCCUGCUGCUGCCGCUCUUCCCCGUCCUGCGUGCUCCCUGGGGCGUCUAGGCCACUGAGGCGAGGGAAUCACAACUCCUCCCUAAUCACACACACACAAACCUACUUCAGAGACGUCCUCCAGCAGCGUCAAAAGGCGCCAGGGAAAAAAAACAGUGGGAAAUGUUGCUUUCGAAACUAUAUAAUGUGUAAUGGACAAGACGUCGUUUGCUGAAGUGUGUUAAAGAAAGGAAUAUGAAAGUCUUUCUGCAUCGCGAACAGACGAGUCGGAAGUGAACGAGUUCGUAGCAAGGAUACUGAACGUUAAAGGGCUCAGACAUAUUUUCGAGUUUCAGCUACAAAUCACUAGAACUCAAGAUCAUGUGUAAACAGUUGUACGACCUUGAGAGGGAAAAAUGUAUACUGCAAUUUCAAGUUUUUAAAAACAUGAAUAAAACAAAUCAAAGAAACUAUAGAUAAAAGUGUUCCCAAAGUACAGCUCUGUCUCUGGUGCAUGCAAACUGAACCAAUGUACAAACAAAUGCCUUCCAGCCUGCCCCUCACCUCGUGAUGCUGAGGGACGUACAGGCGCCUGCCUGCUUGUCCCGUAACAGUAGUGGCCGUAGACUGUAGUUGCCCCGCGACGUGGCUUUUACAGGCAUGUGUGAUGAAACUAUAUGUGAAUAUGUGAAUGGAUGAUUGCAUAAUAAAACCAUGAAAUGGAGGUA